AUGCUUUGGGACAACCUCCUCUGGACAGUACUCUUCCUUUCUCUUAAUGGACCAGGAAUUAUGGGGAAUAUCCUAACACUUGUGAGACAUGUAUAUACGUUUGUCACUGGGACUGAGAAAAAAAACAUAGACCUUAUCCUUAUUCACUUGGCAUUUUCAAAUAUAACAAUUAUCUGUAGCAUUGAAAUUAGAGACACAGCUGCAGUUUUUUAUUUUAGGAACUUCCUAGGUGAGGCUGGUUGUAAAGUUGUGGUUUUUCUGGGAAGGAUGGGACGAGGUCUCUCCAUCUGCACCACCUCUCUCCUCAGCAUGGUCCAGGCUGUCACCAUCAACCCCAGGAUGACCCUGUGGAGAAAACUCAAACCACAGACUGCAAAGCAGGUUCUUCCCUAUGUCCUCUUCUUUUGGAUCUUUAAUUGUCUGAUAAGCUCCAAUUUGCUGUUCUUUAUCACAGCAGUGAGUCCUGUGAACAGAUCUGUUGUUGGCACAUAUGGUGGGUAUUGCUAUAUGCUACCAUCAAAGCUAAUGGUGAGGUGGCUUUUCAUUGCUCUCAUGGCUCUCCGUGAUGUCAUCUUCCAGACUUUUAUGGGCUGGAGCAGUGCGUCCAUGGCUCUCCAUCUGUAUAAACAUCACAAGCGUGUCUCCUACCUUCACAGCUCUAACUCUACAAACAAUUCCAGCCCUGAAAUCAGAGCCACACUGAGCACUCUCAUUCUCAUGACCUGUUUCCUUUUCUUCUAUUGGGCAGAUUUCCUCUUCUCCUUAUACACAGGUUACACAGUGACACAUGGUUCUAUAAUCUCAAUUCUUAAAAGUUUUCUAGAACUUGGUUAUGCUGUUCUCAGCCCCUUUGUCCUGAUCAGCAGAGAUGUCCCUUUUACUAAAUACUGGAGCAUUCAUUAA